UCAUCACCAGACGAACACCAUAUUACAUCUGCCAUUCGCAGCACCUUCACUGGAUUUCCCAUUGACGGAGAGAUAAUUGCAUUGCAUUGCAUUGGAUUACAUUACAUUACUCAUUGUUGUAUUACUUUUAGCAGACGGUCUUCAUCCAAAGCGACUUGGACAAGACCUAGGCUAUACAAACAAAAUAGACCACUGUAAGUGAUAGCUAGUAGGCUACCUGCCAUCAGUCAGUGCCAAUAGCGAGUAGUAUCAUGCAGUCCGGCAAAGGCGACUACUUGAGCGUGGCAACCGCAGCUGAGCAGGGAGGACAGCCGCAGAGGGGCACCUGGAGCAGGAGGAUCGAGUUUGUCCUGGCCUCCAUCGGCUACGCUGUGGGGCUGUCCAACAUCUGGAGGUUCCCUUACCUGUGCUACAGAAAUGGAGGAGGUGCGUUCUUCAUUCCGUACUUCAUCAUGGUCUUCCUCUGUGCCAUGCCGAUGGUGUAUCUGGAGUUUUCCAUUGGCCAGCUGACCCAGAGAGGGCCUGUGCAGGCAUUCACCCAGCUCUGCCCCCUGCUCAAAGGAGUUGGUCUGGGUACGGUGGUGGUGUCCUUCAUCUUCAUCGGUUACUUCAAUACCUUGAUGAGUUGGAUCCUGUUCUACCUCUUCAGCUCCCUCAGCCCCACUCUGCCCUGGCAGUCGUGCAACAACACCUGGAACAUCCCAGACACCUGCUCUGUGGCCUACACCAUCAACGACACGGGAAAGGAGUCAGCUAGCCAGCAGUUUUUCAAGUACAGACUUCUGGAGAUCUCUGAGGGAAUUGAAGACAUGGGAGGUGUUCGGUGGGAGCUGCUGGGCUGCCUGGCUCUCGCCGGGGUUUUGGAAUAUUUAAGCAUCUUCAAAGGAGUGCAGCUCACAGGGAAGGUAGUGUACUUCACUGCGCUGUUCCCCUACACCAUCCUGUCCAUCCUGUUGGUGUUCACGGCCAGACUGCCGGGCUCUGCAGACGGCGUACUCUUCUUCCUCACGCCCAAGUGGCACAAACUACUGGAGAUCCAGGUUUGGAUUGAUGCACUCUCUCAAAUCUUCUUCUCUAUUGGUGUUGGAUUUGGUGUCAUGGUCUCCAUGUCCAGCUACAACAACCGCAACUACAACAUUCUGAGAGAUUCUGUUAUUGUGGCCUGUGCCAACUCGGCCACCAGUGUGUUUGCUGGUUUCGUGGUGUUCUCAGCCCUAGGGUCCAUGGCCCAUCAGCAGAACCUGACGGUUGAUGCUCUGGCCGUUGGAGGUCCAGGCCUGGCGUUUGUGGUGUAUCCUGAGAUCUUGUCGGCCAUGCCUGUUCCACAGCUAUGGGCUGUCCUCUUCUUCAUCAUGCUGCUCUGCCUGGGACUAGGCAGCCAGGAACACACCACAGGCUAG